AUGGCGCUGCGGCGGGGCGGCGGCGGGGCGCCGGGACGGCUGCUGUUGCUGCUGGGAGCCGCGUGCCUGAUCCCGCCGAGCGCGCAGGUGAGGCGGCUGGCGCGCUGCCCCGCCACUUGCAGCUGUACCAAGGAGUCCAUCAUCUGCGUGGGCUCCUCCUGGGUGCCCAGGAUCGUGCCGGGCGACAUCAGCUCCCUGAGCCUGGUAAAUGGAACGUUCUCGGAAAUCAAGGACCGAAUGUUUUCUCAUCUGCCUUCCCUGCAGCUGCUAUUGCUGAAUUCUAACUCAUUCACAGUCAUCCGGGACGAUGCUUUUGCUGGACUUUUUCAUCUUGAAUACCUGUUCAUUGAAGGGAACAAAAUAGAAACCAUUUCAAGAAACGCCUUCCGUGGCCUUCGUGACCUGACUCACCUUUCUUUGGCCAAUAAUCACAUAAAAGCACUCCCAAGGGAUGUCUUCAGUGAUUUAGACUCUCUGAUUGAACUAGAUUUAAGGGGCAAUAAGUUUGAAUGUGACUGCAAAGCCAAGUGGUUGUAUCUGUGGUUGAAGAUGACAAAUUCCACUGUUUCUGAUGUCCUGUGUAUCGGUCCACCAGAAUAUCAGGAAAAGAAGCUGAAUGACGUGACCAGCUUUGACUACGAGUGCACAACUACAGAUUUUGUUGUUCAUCAGACUCUGCCCUACCAGUCGGUUUCAGUGGAUACGUUCAACUCCAAGCAUGAUGUGUACGUGGCCAUCGCGCAGCCCAGCAUGGAGAACUGCAUGGUGCUGGAGUGGGACCACAUCGAAAUGAACUUCCGGAGCUAUGACAAUAUUACAGGUCAGUCCAUCGUGGGCUGUAAGGCCAUCCUCAUCGACGACCAGGUCUUUGUGGUGGUGGCCCAGCUCUUCGGCGGCUCUCACAUUUACAGGUACGACGAGAGCUGGACCAAGUUUGUCAAAUUCCAGGACAUAGAAGUCUCUCGCAUUUCCAAGCCCAACGACAUCGAGCUGUUUCAGAUCGAGGACGAGAAGUUCUUUGUCAUCGCAGACAGCUCCAAAGCCGGUCUGUCGACCGUGUACAAAUGGAACAGCAAAGGAUUCUACUCGUACCAGUCUCUGCACGAGUGGUUCAGGGACACGGACGCCGAGUUUGUUGAAAUAGACGGCAAAUCACACCUGAUCCUAUCCAGCCGCUCCCAGGUCCCCAUCAUCCUCCAGUGGAAUAAAAGCUCUAAGAAGUUUGUCCCCCACAGCGACAUCCCCAACAUGGAAGAUGUGCUGGCCGUAAAGAGCUUCAGGAUGCAGAAUGCCCUCUACCUUUCCCUCACCCGCUUCAUCGGGGACUCUAGGGUCAUGCGGUGGAAUAGCAAGCAGUUUGUGGAGAUCCAGGCUCUCCCAUCCCGGGGGGCGAUGACCCUGCAGCCCUUUUCUUUUAAAGAGAAUCACUACCUGGCCCUGGGUAGUGACUAUACGUUCUCCCAGAUAUACCAGUGGGAUAAAGAGAAGCAGCUCUUCAAAAAAUUCAAGGAGAUUUAUGUGCAGGCGCCUCGUUCCUUCACGGCCGUCUCCACUGACAGGAGAGAUUUCUUCUUUGCAUCCAGUUUCAAAGGGAAAACAAAGAUUUUUGAACACAUAAUUGUUGACUUAAGUUUGUGAAGGUGUGAUUGGUGAAUUUAAAAGACGCGUAGCUUUAGCUGUCACAAGAGAGGACCAAGGGGGGAAAAAAAAUCCACGUUCACAGGUCUGAAAUUACAAAUGCACUGGGGAAAUAGUUAGAAGUUUUCAAACUUUUAGAACUCAUAUUUUAAUCAGGGAUUGCAUUUAUUGGCUAACUGCAUGACAUGUCCAUUCUCCCCCUUAAAAAGACAUCUGAAAGCCUGUAAUUACUGAGAAAGGAGUACAACGUUAGCUCUUACCAUCUAGGGAAAUAAUGCGCCUUUUUUUCUUUUUAAUGAGGAAGGAGAAAAUCGGAUAAGAUGGGACAGCUCUUAUAAUGAAAUAAAAGCAAAAAAAAAAAGACCAAACACACUAUGGGCCCUUCUCAUUCCAUUUUAGCAAUCUAGUGGGUAAGAACGCUUAAAGCCAAAGUCAGCUGAAAAGAUUUGCUGAUGAUUAGUUUAAAAAUCUGAUAACACUCAGCAGUGCUAUUUUGAGCCUUCCCUGUUUCCUGAAUCCCCCCUAAUAGCAGAGCCUUGACUGUUUCAUUGGCUCAUAUAGAUGGCUGUUCAUCACGGGUGUGUUAACAAAAUAACAUUUAACGUUGCUUCCUCUGCUACAGAAAAAAUAUUCUGCGGACACAUGUAUUGGUCCAUCACAGGCUGUGGACCCAGGAGUGAGACAAAGAAGUUUCCCCCUCUUCUUGUGGUUCAGAGCUGACCCCCAUGGUGGCCAGAGCAAUUGUGCUUGUUUGAUGCUCUCCAUGGCUCAUCUGCUUCUCUGGACCCAGGCUUUGAGUUUGUGGGUAACCAGCAGACAGGCCAAAGACUGAAUGGUGCUUUUUAUUCUGUCCUUUAGAGCGAUAGAACAGGUAUGUUCAUCUGUGGAGCAUUUGGUAGAAUUUCUGAAGUAAGGUUUUGUGGAGUCAGAGAGGGCUUUUUUAUACAAGUCUUGAUGUUCUUUGAAACCUAGAGAUGAUUCUGUGAUGGAUGCGUGUCUUUGUCCUCUGGGCUACUUAAUAUUUCAAGUAACUGAAUGCCAGCCUACCUACCUGCCCACCUGCCUCCCCGCCCGCUCACGUCACCGUCCUGCUUUGUCGACUUGCUGAUAUUGCUGCUGCCAGUCCGGUCCUCCUGAAGGUGCCGAGGCACCACAUCGCAGAACCCCGGGUAUCCGUGACGGCAGUGCCCCUUCCUCUCCCAGCACACUCGCAGAGGAGACCCACGCCCUUACCCAGGGUGACGUGCUGGCAGGGGCUCAUCCGGUACAGGCUGGGGCUGGGGGGUGGGAAGGGUCUCAGGUUGAUCCAGAGGGACCAGAUUUGGAGCCAGACAUACUGAAUCCCCGUCCACACGCAGAGGACAAGAUGGCCUCUCUGGUGAGGCCCAUUUAGGAAGCUCAUGGGGUCUGGUUUCGUGGAAGGUUCCAGGUAGAUAGUCUGCCAGGUUAGCUGGUUCUCUUCAGAGAAUAUGAAAUGAGUGCUUUCAAGAGCAGCUCUCAAAGAGAAAUCCAACAAGUUCUCUUGUGGCUGUGAAAGCACAGUCACGUUGUAUUGUAUUGCUGUUUUUUUUGUUUGUUUGUUUUGUUUUGUUUAUUUUAUUUAUUUAUCUUUGGCUGUGUUGGGUCUUCAUUGCUGAGCACGGGCUUUCUCUAGUUGUGGCGAGCAGGGACUACUCUUCGUUGCGGUGCGCGGGCUUCUCAUUGCGGUGGCUUCUCUUGUUGCAGAGCACAGGCUCUAGGUGUGUGGGCUUCAGUAGUUGUGGCACGUGGGCUCAGUAGUUGUGGCUCACAGGCUCUAGAGCGCAGGCUCAGUAGUUGUGGCGCAUGGGCUCAGUAGUUGUGGCUCACAGGCUCUAGAGUGCAGGCUCAGUAGUUGUGGCGCACGGGCUUAGUUGCUCCAUGGCAUGUGGGAUCUUCCCGGACCAGGGCUCGAACCCGUGUCCCCUGCAUUGGCAGGCGGAUUCUUAACCACAGUGCCACCAGGGAAGCCCUGUAUUGCUGUUUUUUAAUGAUUGUUUGCCAAGUCAUGAGUAGGUAGAUGUUCUGUCACAAAUAUGGAUGUGUUUGUUGUUUCCAGACUUUGAGCAGUGCAGAUGGAGGCAAUAAGCAGCGCUCAGAGAACGAUGCGGCCGUGUCACAGCAGCACGCUUGGGAACAUUGUGGGACCGCAGGCUCAGGGCUUCCCGCCGAACUAAUUCACCCACACAUAGUAGCGCUGCUGCUCGAAACUUUCCUACUAACCAUGGAGCAAACAAGAAAAAAAGCGGUUUGUUUUCCUUUUUAAGCACAAAUCACUCUUUCUUCCAUGUUCUUUUGCCUUCCUGGUUUAUUUGAAUUGACUAGAAAUACCCAGAUCCUCACAUCGGAGGCUGAUCUGCCUUUCCUCUGACUGUCAAGACGGGCAAGCUAUGCUUUCUGGCGCAUGUAGCCCCUCAGGCAACAAGCCUCGGUGGGAAAACAUGCACUUGGCAAGGAGUGUAAGAGACACUUAGACCGUCCUAGCACUUGUGCCGGGUUGAAAUGUAGAGGAGACAGUGGGAGCAUCUUUUCCCAGUGCUGCCUCCACAGAGCAGUGGCCCCCUUCCCAGCCUUACCUCGGAGGGCGGAGUUAGGGGCCGCCCUCUGCACUCACCACGCUGGGAACCGUGGCCUGGAAUCUGGAAAACCAGGGAGCAAAGGGGGCGAGACUGGGAGUGGGGGGACUUGCUAAGUCCAGAUGAGACACUGGAGAGUGAAAGGAAGAUCUAAAGCAACUGGGGAUGGGGAGGGGUGUGGGGAUGAGAGCGUGGGAAACCCACUCGGCUACAAUCAGUUUUUCUUUUUAAAAAAUUGCAGACAACAUCGGAGGCUGCAAUGUACAGGCCCCGUGCUAAGGGAGGAGGUAUUCUGGCCGACUUACCCAAACAGCAUAGAUGUUCUUGACGGGAGGCUGUGGAAGCUUUGCUUCAUUAAUCUUCCUGCUCUGUCCCAAGAACCCCAAGAAACAAUUUCUGCAAGAAGCUUUCUUCCAGUAAUAAUGGAAGACAAACAAACAAAAAAACCCCAAACAGCAGCAACAAAAACCCAAAGCAGAGAGGCAUGUGGGCCCAUCCUCUGUGGAGCUGGCCUUAGGAGAGUCUGCCUUUGCAUCUCCAUUCCUUCCCAUUACCCACAUCUUCUCAGUUUGUUUCUUCUUUAUAAUCUCAGCGGCUAGGCUCCCAGAUCGAGUCCCUCCACAUGGCCAUGUGGCCAAGCCACACAGCCUUAUAUUGAGGACUUGUCCCCAAACUCCAUGGGGUCAGGAAUAGAUCUCUCACGAACACUCUAAAAACAAGCCUUAGGUGUGAGUAGCGCUGUGUUCUCAGGCAGUGGAUAACAAGACCACCCUGCGUUUUGGCAAAACUUUAUAUUUUUCAAUGUACGUUUGUGUUCAUCUCAGUUGUUCAUAAAUAGUUCUUCAGUUUUUGAAGGCAUAUUGGAGAGCAGAUAUUAUUCUAAUGUCAGAGAGAAGGAAAUAGACACAGAAAACCUUAAGUCAAUCGCUCAAGGUUAUCCAGUUGUGAGUGGCAGAGCUAAAGCUUUCCCUCUCAACAGCAGGCUUUAUAUUUUCUUUCUGUGACACUGCCAUGCCCUCCCAGUAAAGACUUUUUAUCACAAUUUUGAAUAUAGCAGCACUUUGAGAUAAAAUUAAAAAUGCAACAAAAUGUGCAUAGACAGAGGGAAAAUCAUGCUGAACAGACACCAUUCAAUCAACCGGUCCAUUUAACAAUUAAACAGUACAGAACUGCUAUUACAAGCAAGACCCUCUUAAAAGUCUGCCAGAAGUUACAGAUAAUUUUCUGUUCUAAGGAGGGUUUUUAGCUAGCAUGAUAGUUUCUCCCCAACCCCUUCCCCAGAUAGCUAUGGGAGGGAUGUUAAAGUUGAGACACAUCUGGUUCUUGUCAUAAUGUCCACAAGAUAAACAAGAAGAGUUCCAUGAGGGAAAAACUAAAACCUCCAAUGCACGAGUGAUGAUGAAUUGCUCCCGGGCCAUAAUCAGCCUUUGGGGAGCGUGCUGGAAAUGGCAGUGUUGCAUUUUUCUUCCCCAUGGAGUGAGAGGCUGUGUAUUUUUAGGCAAGAAAUCAGCGUGGGAUGCUGGAGGUUUGGCUGCCAGGAACACUCACGAUGGAAAUUUCUCCGACCUGGGUAUAAUGAAAGAGAGAUGAAGGUCUGCAGGAGGGGAGUCUAUUUGCAUGCCAUCUAAAGAAAAUGUCCUUAGCCAGCUUCCUGAUUCUUCUGCAGAGGUAUCAGGCCUUCGCUCAUGGUUUUGGAAGAGAAUUCUUUAAUUAGGCCGUGGUCAAAGAUUCUGUUAAGCAGCAUUCUGGAGUGGAAUGCUAUAAUCUAGAUGUUGAUGCAGUGAGCAAGGUGUCCCAGACUUGGGGGAUAAUGGAAUGGGCAGAAAAGCAGGGCAGAUGGCUGUGGAGGAAACUCUCUUGGGAAAGUAGAAAUAAAGUGGAAGAAAAGAAAAAGUAAUAAUGGUUUCCUUUGAUUCAGCCGAGCAAGUAGAGGGGUGGAAAGACCAGGCAAAUUUAACAGCAUCCCUAUUAUUAAUGAAGAGAACCAAGUGUAAUGCAAUUUAAAAUAAGAAUUAUAUUGUAAAGCUACUGAGAUCUACACUGAGGCAGUCUUAUCCUGACAUCAUUCCAUUGCUUCUAUCAGAAUCUGCCUUUUUUCUAGUAGGAAACUAUGCAUUCCCUAUCAAUCUCUUUGACUAUCAGGAAUGUAUAAGACCUGUGACAAAUUGGCCAAUAUGCCAUUUGGUACCAUUUUUAUGUAUUUUAAAUGCCUAACUUAGGCCAAAUAAGAAUAGUUUAUAUGUAUAUGAAAGCAGAUUUUGCAAUCUACGAUACAAUGCAAGCUACCAUGGAUGAAUUUUAAGGCUGAAUAUAUAUAUAUUUAGCUCUUGUUGGUAAAUAGACUUAACGAAUGACUUGCCUCUUAAUUCAAUAUAUUCUGUAAGCCUGUGAA